AUGGAAGUGGUGGAUUUAGAGAAAAAGGUUAUUGAAGACACCAUGGAACAUCAUAGUAUUUACAACUCGCACGAUGAAACUGUGAAUGCCGAUGCCAGCGGCAAUGUGACCAAUGGUGAAGUAGAAGAAAUUAAACAAAACCAGUGGCAGUUCUCAGAUGAAGGUAAGUGUAAAAGUCUGAAAAAAAAGAGAAAGGAGAAAGAAUAUUCCAUCAUUUUCUGUAGUAAAUAUGGUUUAGGUCGGGAAGUUGUUUGAAGGGUAGAUAAUAUAAAGCUGUCCAACAGAUAAAUCAAAAUCUAGCACAAAAUUUACAGCAGUAUCCACCUGUAUAGAUUUAUCCAGUAAAUAGCCUUAACCACCCUUGAAACAACUGUGGCCUGGUCAGUAGUGGAGUGGAACCUGAUUUAAGAAAGACCUAGAAAAUAGAUAUGUUAUAACUUUUCUGUAAUACAGUGUAACCUCCUCUCACAACCACUUCUUCUUGAAAACCACCUCUUGAAGUGCAGCAAAGAACAAGGGUUUUGUGUGGCCCAGACCAUGAAUUUGUCAUUUGUGGAAAAUGUCUUCCUAAAGGAGGUUUCCUUAAAUUCUCUUUACAGUAACAAUAACAUUCAUAUUCUUCAAACAGUUCUUUACACUUUUUCUAUGUUACUGACCAGAUAAUUUUUUUACAAGAAAGAGCAUUUGAAAUUGGUAAUCAUUUCUUUUAUUUUGGUAAUCUUCUCAUUUGAUUCAAGUGUGAUACUAUCCAGGAUUUCAAAACAAGCCAGCAACCACCAGAGUUCCGCCAGCUACUUGAUAAAAUGUUGCUAGUUACUCUGAUCAAAAUAAUUACCUUUUUGCCCUUAACCCUUUAACUCCCAUAAAUGACCAAGAGAGAAUUUCUCCUUACAAUAUUAAUACAAUAUCAAUACAAUAUCAACCAGAUAAAUGUUGAGAAUAAAGAAAAAUAUCAAUUUGGGGAUAAUUAGUUGAUCCAAUACUAAAUUCUCUGAACUAACAUUAUGGAAUUGUAUGGUUGAUAGUAAGGAGAAUGAAAAAUUAUCUGGAAGUUAAAGGGUUAAGGAACUUUUCACAAUCACCCACUUUUGUGGAGUCCGACAUCUACUUCAAAACAUUUUGAAACCCCUGGAUACUGUUAAAAGAAAUUAGAAGCCAGACACUCGCAGAGGUGAAAGGGUUAAAGGAUGUUUUUAUCAGUGCUUAUAUUAAUUCUGAUGCAACAAAUGACAUGUAUCUCUUCACUGUCAUUUAGGACCUAUUGAGUAUGAGAGUGACCCUUCAUCUGAUAUUGACAAGAAUUACUUCAGUGAUGAAGAAUCUCUCACUGGGUAAGGCAAUUGUAAUGAAAUAUUGAUUUCUUUUCAACCCUUAGCCUUUGAUCCUUGAACAUAUAAAUGAAAUAGGUUUAUAAAUUUAAAUGCUGCCGAGUUAGGGCUGGUAAUGAGGAGUCAACUUUAGAGACUCUGCUUCUGUCAUCACCAACUUUAAGGAAGUGAUGAACUUAGAUCAGCAUUCAAGUAAGAGUUCUUCUUACAUAUAUGUGGCUUUUAUUCUGGUUUGGGUAUCAUAUUUAAUUAAAUAUUCAAUCAAAGGUUAAAAUUUAUUUGACAGCAGGGCAAGUAUUCAGAUUUUUUGUCUCUUGAAUGAUUAAAAAGUAGCUGGCCUUUCAGAUUCAAGUAACCAGUGAAACUGCAAUGGCAGUGGAUUCUGGAGAACACUAUUCAUGUUUUCUUGAAACAAAUAUUUUUAUAUGUUUUUAACUAUAAGCCACCAGAUUAACUAAUUAUUUAAUAACAAUGUGACUGUGAUUUUAUUAAUUUUAUACAGGAGUAUGGAUGGGGGAAUAGAGGAGGAUGAAUAUGCGUCUGAUCCAAUUGCUCAACAAACAAGACAGGUCAGUUGUUAACCUUUAACCCUUUAAUUCCCAUGAGUGACCAAGACAAAAUUUCUCCUUACCAUAUCUAUACAAUAUCAUGCAGACAAGUGAUGAGAAUUAAGAAAAAUAUCAAUUAUGGGAGUACUAAUUGAUCCCAUACCAAAUUCUCCAAACUAAUGCCCCAUUCACACCAAAGCUUAAACAUGUUUAAAAGUUGUUUUGUUAAACACAGUUUAAUUUUUUUUUUCUUCAUAGAAACUAUUUAGCCGAAUAUUUUUUACUUGAAUGUAGCACAUUGGAAAUGCAAGUUAGCAAGUACUUGAAUCCAAUGGAAAAUCAAGUUUUUCAGUUCUCUGUUUCUAAUUUUCAUUCAAUGAAAACCAGUUUAACAAAACAUGUUUUGCUGGUGUGAAUGGGGUAUAACACAAUGAGAAUCAUUUGGCAGACAGUGAGGAGAAUUACUAAUGAGAUCUUAGGAGUUAAAGGGUUAAACCCUAAGAGGGAAUAUCAAUUGAUUUCUCCAUAGAGUAUUACUGUUGAGUCAUUAAUUAUUAGUUCAUGAGAAUAAGGGAAAUGAUGAACAACCAAAGGAACUUUGAUUGUUAAACAAAUUCUCUGUGUCAGUUCCAAAGACAAUGUAAAGAGAAGAGUAUGGCAGAUAUGGAUACUGAUGUUAGUAUGUGAAGGGUAAAAGCAUGUGAUUGGAAACUGGUUGAACUGGCUGGUAUUUGAACCCUCUCAGCAGACUGUCACAAAUGUUUUACAGCCUUUUUCCUUAACUGAAAUUCUGUUUGAAGAGGUAGAAUUAAGUUAAACUCUAUCACAUUCAUUCUGAACUUGUUUUUGUUGUUGUUUUAUUGUACAUGUGAUUAUUGGGAUCUAUAUGUACCUUAAAUAUCACUAAAAACAUUCUUCUUACAGGAGAAAUUACAGCGUUUAGCUUUGAGACAUCAUCUUGACCAACUGAGUGAACAAGUAUUGGAGAAAGACUACCUUGUUUCACAGUUCAGGUAAUGUAGUAAACAAAUAUGAAUGAAUAUUAUUUUACUUGAAAGUUUGUCUAGAACCACUAAUAAGAUGUUUUGAAUGAAUGCCUCAAAUCUCUGGUGACAAUCUGGUCUCCUUGUAUUUUUAGGGAUGAGCAUAAGAAAUGUCAAGAGCAUAUUGAUGAACUCCAGAAAGAUAAAGAGUUAGUCAGUAAUGAGAUUGAAGAAGCAGAAACUCGAAACAAUAUGUGAGUAAAUGGAUAACUAUCAAAAAUUAGUGAUGAGGCUACCUUGCAAAACUGUAGAUCCUAUUUUUAAUAUUCAUAUAAUCUUUAUACUUUUCUCUUUCCAUUUCCUGUGGUGUUGACAUCAGGAAACUUUGUUUGAUGAUUUGUUUGAUUGUUUAGGGCAUCAUUCUACAGACUGCAGUCAUACCAUGAUAAAUUAUGUGCAGAAAUUGAUGCUGAAAAAGAUGUUGAAAGAGAAAUUCUAAACAGACUUGAAGAGGCAGAGUAAGUAGUUGUCAAUCACAUGAUUUUGGUAUCAGGAAUUUACUUCUCCAAAAAUAUUUUUUUUCCAGUUUGAACCACUCUAACUUUCUUCUGUUUUCUAUCUCCAUCUCUAUCUGUGUUAUUAGGCUUUCUGUCUUCCUGAACCAUUAACAGUCCUUAACAUCAGUAUAAAUGUUAUUUGCACUGUUCUCUAUACAUUUCCUAAGGUGCUGACAAAGAGAAUUUGUUCAACAAUCAAGAGCUUCCUUAGUUGGUGUCUUCUGCUAAUCCUAUGAUUUUGGUAUCAGAAAUAUAUUUUGCCAAGAGGUCAACAUCCCUUUACACUGGCUAUAUGAAUGCUAUCCAACAGAUAUUUCUUACCUUCACUGGUUGUAGAUAAUUGUGCAGUGUAUGGUAUUAUCUGAACUUUGAGCAGACAGGGCUUGCUCAUGUAGUGUGAAUGCUGCUUGAAUUUCAUGUCUUAUUGCUAGUAAUAAGAAUGGUGAAUAUUUUUCACUGUAGAUUUGCUCUUGCACAAGCCACAGUUGAACAAGGAAAAUUCCUCCUUGCUGGACAAGAACUUGAAAAAGAGGAGAAGCUUGUGGAGAAACAAAAGGCUGAGUGGUCUGCAGUCCGUCUACGAAAAGAAAAUAUGAGUGCAGCUGUGGCAGAGAGGAGAAGACGCCUGAGAGAGAAGUAAUCUAGUUUAAUUGACCCUUUUUCCUCUAAGCUCACUUUGAGUCUUAUUCCUGUCACAGUUUAUCCAUUUCCAUAGUUUUUAAAUGAAGCUAUGAGAGUUUGUGUUGUAUCAUAACAUAACUUAUCAUAACAUAAUUAAUCUUACUAAUUACUACUUAUUAUCCAACCGUAUUAAGUAGAGUACAAAUUACGUGCAAAUCAAACUCAAAUAUCCCACAAUAUUAUACCAUUAUUUGGACAGUUGGUUGUUUUAUACUGUAAUCUAACACAAGCAUUACAUAAGACCUGUCACAAACUGCUUCUUUAUUAAAGGGGUUAAGUUUUUAUAGAAACUGUGGUGCAUUGUUUGGGGAGAUAACAGGAUAAUUUUGGUUCUAUCAACUGAUUUGAUAAUGUGAAUUGAACAACGUAAAGAGUUUUAAAGCUCAUGUUUUGAGCAUUAGCCCUUUGUCAGAGCAAAUGGCAAAGGACUUAUGCUCAAAACCUCUGUGUAAAUAUACUUUUGAAUUGUUGAAAGUACUUAAACAUGGUAGAGAUAAAUUAUAACUAAAAUCCUUUGUAGAGAGCACAUAUCUGCCCUAAGAGAGAGAGAAAGAAAACACAGACAAGCCAUUGCUGCAGCCAAACGAAACAGAGAACAGGCAUCCAAGUUUCUUAAGGAGACAAUGUCCAGGUACUUUUUAUGCAAAUACAAAAAUUUUUUGUACAGAGAGAUGGAAGCCUGUUACUAAUAGGGUUUUUUUGGAGGUAUGCUGAAAAGAUGUUGGGUUAUUUGAUCAGUUAUUGCAGAAUUCUGCCUCACAUGUGUUCACUUCCAUGAAAAGGCAAAACAGUGAAAACCUGAUAAAUUUUUUCUUUCAAUAAAUGAACUAGUUUGUGUGAGUUUUGGUAGCCUGAUGAUUAAUGCAGUGGAUUCCAUAUCAAAAGAUCAAGGAUUUUAGUCCUGAUUGGGAUCACUGUGUUGUCCAACGGGAAACAUUUUACUUUCACGAUGCCUCUCUCCACCCAGGAGUGUGAAUUGGGGGUGGGGGACAUUUUACUUUCACAAUGCCUCUCCCCACUCAGGAGUGUGAGGAAAGCUUUAAAAAUGAGGUGGAACUCCCUGGGUAAUGUGUAAUGACAUGGGACCCCAUCCACAGGGAGUAAUAAUACUCUUAAUAUCAGCCUCUGAAACUACCAAGACUGGGGUGACGUCCAUCAGCUGUACAAGUCAGACCCAUAUACAGAAUUUUCCUUCAACACUUUAAAUCUCUAGAUCUGAUUGUUAAUUCUCUCUUUGAGCUGCUACACAUUUCCUAGUAAAUUAGUUUGGAGAUUUUGGUGACAGAUCAAGAUAACAACUUUUAUCUGAUAAGUUUGAGUAUUCUCAUUAUCGCUUUUUGGAUAUUUAAAAAUUAUUCCACAAGCGCGCGUUGGAUAUGAGAUGAUAGGUAGCCAACGAGGCCGGUAGGGCGGAGUUGGCAAUGAUCAUCUCAUAUCCAAAAAAUGCAAGUGGAAUGAUUGUUUUAUUAAAAUCGCCCCAAAAAUAUGGAUAAAUCUUUCCAACUUUACAUGUUAAGAACAAACGCAAUUUGUUAUGAUGUACCAAAACUUGUUCGGUUUAACUCGUUUUCAUGCGCGCGCGUGUUAUAGUGGCUCUUAACCCAUGACGGCUAAGCCAAUGAAAAUUCUUGAAUUGCAUUAUUCAAUGAUCCAGUUUUUAAUAACGCAUGGAUAUUAUUGGGAGCAACGACCUGUCAAUUGCUUCUGGGAGUUAAAGGGUUAAGGAUAUUUGACUUGCAGGUUUGCAAACAGAUCUUAAUUCUCUGGUAUACAUUGCAGAGUUCGUCAGAAGGAAGCAGAGGAAGAGGAACUUUCUCGAAGAAAUAUGGAAGACAGAAUGCAGGCCAUACUGUGUCUUAAAGGCAAUAUUGAAGCUAACAAGGUAGGAUGAGUAAUUGUUUCCCGUUGCAAUAGCAAUUACUGUUAGUAGGAAGUGUUGCUGUUAUCCUUAGAGAUUUGGGUUAAAACUUCUCAUAAUGAUGAUAUGAUAUCUCAAAAUGGGUCUUUUUAAAAGUCUGCCUAUGGGUGAUGAAAAGGUGUGAGUCUUUGUUUGUAAUCAGCCAGAAACACUCAACUCGGUUGACAAACCAAAUUGUCUGUGCUAACAGGCUAUAAAUAGGUAUUACGUAUGAUUUGUAGGAAAAUCUCAGGGCCUUGCAAGCCCGUGAUGCUAAGUUAAGACAGGAAAAAGAAGAGGAGGAACUGCAGGAAAGACAGGAGAUUUUUGUUGAAGGAUUAAAUCCCGAUGAGGAGUUGACAAGAAGAAAAAGGAUCAGACAGUUUGAAAAGGAUAAAGAGUGAGUAGAUAACAUGGAAAACUGUAGGGCAAUAAAUGAACAAAUAGGAUAAGUUUCUAAAGAAACUGUGGCGCUGCGUCGUUGACGAGAUAAUUUGGUUUUGUCAACUGAGUUGAUAAUGUAGAUUGACCACCGUAAAGAGAUUCUGAAGCUGACGUAUUGAACGUUAGCCCUUCGUUAUUUACAUGCUGUGACGAAGGGUAACGUCACUUUAAGAAACUCUUUACGGUGGUCAACUUACAUUAUCAAAUCAGUUGAUAAAACCAAAUUAUCCUGUACGGUGAUAACAUGUUCUUCAUUUUAUUCAGUUAUACCCAUCAUCUAAAAGCAGUGGCAAAAGUCAGACUGUUUUCCCUUUUUGUUACCUUUACUUGUGUUAUUUUUGGUUGGUAACAUUUAUCUGGUGUUUUUUACAGCUUGUUUAUGCUUCAAUAGUUAAUUUAAAGAGAUACCUUAGAUAUCGACUUGAAAAGCUUUUCAUAGCUUCAAUAGCGGCAUUCAAAUCUCUGGAGAAAACAAGUGGAUUCACUUCAACUUUUUUAAGUAUUUCAGUCCCAGUUGUGUUUCAAUGAGGUUAUCUAGGCAUGGAAAAAAUACUAUAUUGCUUAACUAUUGUGAACAGUAUGCCUUCAGAUUUGUCAAUGAAUACUUGUUUGAGGGGCUUUUAUAUGAAAGAGGUCAGCUUUGCCUUCUUAAGAGUUUGUAAGUGUAUUACUAUAACAUUUAAUUUUGACACACUUCAUAUGCUUUUCUUUUCAGAGCAUACGAAAGAAGGCAGCGAGAGCGACAGGUAACUUGAAAUUACUGUAACUGCAGGGGUUUCAACAAAAGCUAGUUACUGGCGGUCUAUUGCCGGCCGCCUCUAAGACCUGUCAGGCACAGCAGCCUGUAUGUGUAUUACUUUAUCGGCAACCGCUUAUGCAGAAAGUUGACUGUUUAAACCCCUGCAACGCUGCUGUACUUAAUAAGGACCACAAAUUUUUGGUUUAUAUUUUAAAUUACAUUGUCUUCCUUGUGGCUCAUCGUUUUUCCAUUUUUAGGUUGAAAUUGUCGAAAACAUAUUGAAAGAGGAAAAACAGAUGAAAAAGCGCUAUCAACAGCAACCUCAGUUAUGGCCAGAAAAACAAAGAGAAAGGGUGAAGGUAUUGUAAAUUUACAAGAGAAAAUAAUGGGACAGAGUGGGAAUACCAGGGUGUUGGCCGGGAUAUAAGGAUUUCACUUACAUCUCUUUUAGCUCAGGACGGUGGUUUCCUAAUGAAGUUUAUUACUGCCGUAGAAAUUUUAAUCAUAAAAGACCAAUAUCCUCGCGGUUCGCCAAAGCAUCAAUCUUACUCAAAGGUUACUAAGUUUGACUGAAAGAGGUUUUUAUCAAUUUCCGUCAGCGAAAGGCGUUAUUCGAAACAAGAAAGCGAUGCGUAAUAUAUGCUAAUAAACAUUAACACAACAGCCAUUUGAUUCAGUGAAACACGACUCUCGCGGCCUCACAGCAAAUUGUUUCAUUUUGAUCUUUAUCUCAAUCGAUGUUGGAAUAUUCACAGCGCGUGGAUAUUUUGUGAGUUGCUUGGAAAUUUACCACAGUAACAUUGAGCAUAGUGUCCGUGCGUAUUACAUGUUAAACUCUCAAGUAGGGGAAGAGGGAGUGUAACCCAUAUUAUCUGUCUAUCUGUGGAAGGCACAUGCAAAUGACAUUGCGAUCUCAUAUUUUGCGCGUUGCUCCUUAUACAUGCAUCAUAAAGUGUAAUGGAAUUAUAGAUAUACCUUUUUACAUUAUUUUUGAGAGAACUGGUAGACUUGUCACAAACUUAGUAAAAUUUAUCACAAGAAUCUAUAUUUGUUACAGAGGAUAAGCAGGCGACGUCCCAAACCAAAGUUUUUCAAAUCAACCAGUGGAUCAUCUUCUGUGGAGUACAGUGCAGAUGUGGAAGAUACAGGGGUAGGGAUAGCACUAAGCUACUUUAUUCAGAAAAAGGAACACAAAACUUAACAAUAAAUAAGUUAUUUCAUAGCAACAAGUUUAAACGUAAAUGUAGCAGCUAUUAAAGAUUCGGCUGAAGAAUCAUGCCAUUUCUACGAAGAUCCUAGUAGUGUUAAACUUUUUAAACAAUAAAUUCUUACAUUUUGUCAGUGAUGUCUUAUUUGAUAGUAUACUCUGCCUAAGUUCUCUUUCUGGGGAGAAAAAUAGUAACUCUUGAAAGAUUGACGGUCUAAUGAUAUUGAAGGAACAUUAGUAGCUGCCAUGAAACUUUCUUAUUUAAGUUUUUUUUCUCGUGCGGUUUUGGUCUUUUCUGCGCUUUUUAGUAAAACUUCCUCGCUAACUGGCAUGCUGUGGUCAGAAUUCAUCUUGUAAGAAACUCUUCUGCUCUGGUAGAAAUACACGAUGUAAAGGUAAUUUCAAUUAAAAAGUUCCCAAGGAAGGAGGAAGUUGAAACAUCUUAAACAAUUUUGACAUCUGAAAUUCGUCAUCAGAGACGGCGGUGACAGUGCCUUUGACUUUCGCAACAUCAGUCACUGUUAAAGCAAUGUUCAAUUGCGCGUCGAAAGUAAUCAAAAGUUUUUUUCCAGUUUGCUCUGUGUUUGUUCAGAAAACUUGCGCUACUUGCUCAACCAAUCAGAUGCCAAGCUAAAGCCAAUCACAACUUGGUCGCCCGCGUUUUCCCGCGCUUUGUGCAGUUUGGUUAGUUUUAUUUGGAGUUCUCAUUGGCUCUCAUAGGUCUUUUCCUUUUUUCUGAUUGGCCGUUGUGAUUGCUUUCAGGGUCAACAUACACCAGGAAAGCUUGGUGCAGUAUCUUCAGAAGAUGACGAAGAUGAUUUUUCCCCGUAUGGAGAGACAAGUAGAGAUGAAGCCAAAGAAGGGUUAGUAUCUUAUAGAAUACUUCUGUCUUUUAAUGUUGAUCAGCAUAUUGUUUUGGCUCUGUCAUCGAGUUUCAACCAUCAUUAUCUUUAUCUAAUUUAUCCAGUGACUCAGAAGCUGAAGGAGAAGAACUGGCCCAACCAGAAUUUAGGGGACUAUGGGAAGAGGGUGUUCAUAAGGUUAGUUUUUUUUAUGUGCUUUUUGUAUUGUUUUUCUGAAGACCAAAACCCUAGUCACCCCAACAACUAGAAAGAACACAAGGAAACAAAGCAGUUUCCAAUUGAGUGACAAAAAUAAUCGGCGGUUAGUAGGUGUAGCUCAGAACGGUCUGUGAUUGGUACAGAAAGCUUGUGCCAACCUGUCGACCAAUCAAAUGCUAGACUAAAACCAAGCGCGUUAUUUUCACUCGCGUUUUCCCGCGCCUCAGGCAAUUUGUUAGUUUAUACCCUCAUUCUCAUUGUCAUCAUGUGUUAUUUUCCUUUGUUCUAAGUGGCGGUUUUGAUUACUUUGCUUUUGGUUUUAACACAGUCAUCUGAAAUACGCGCUAUCACCAGAAACUAAUCAGGCCUUACUGCGCCGUUCAUUGAUAUAUGCGUUUUACACUUCCUGCCUUAGAAGCACCACUACUGACUAACCCGAAGUAGUUUGAAAAGGGUUGGCUAAAAUGAAAUUGUGUGUUAUAUUUUUCAGGCAUCUGAGAAAAAGGAGCACAGAUUUAAAUUCGCAACCCACAUUCCUAGUAAAAUGGAACAGGUAAAACUUUGAUAACAGCUGUUAUUUAGAUCUUGAGUUCCCUAAUAGAGAAAAAAUAUCAGUUCGCAUUUUGAAAUUCUUUAACGUUCAUUGAAAAGAAAGUCAUUACACAUGCAUCGGCUAAUGCGUUCAAAAAGGUUAGAACGUUUUAGGUAAGCCUCCCGUUUCUUUUUUCUCUGUCCUUUCAUUCAUAUUCUGUUGGAUAUGCCAACCAAAAAACUGAAAAAUUAAACAAACAUUUGGGGAUGAGGAAGUGGAUGUUAUUAGCCUAAAUCUUUGAUAAAAAUCUAAAGCUUUCACCAACUUAUUGAGUUCCGAUUGUACCGAUUCACCUUUCAGAGUGAAUUUUACCCACUACUUUAAUCAAUUAUUUUCUUUUAGAGUUUAUUUGGUGACGUUUUUUAAUUCGAUGUUUUUUACAGGAGAUGAUGGAAAGAGCUCUCAUGAAACAGAGAGCAGGGAUUGUUCAGAAACAAGUAGCUGCUGGAAGAGAAUUUAAGGUUUGUGUGCAUUGUGGGAAUUGUUACUAACUUGUUGGAACUGCCUCACGACUUACUGACAGAGUCUUUCUUUUUGUGGUACACGAACCAAACUUGAAGGAGACUAAAGUAUUAAUUGAAAAAGACUGAAAAACACCAAAAGGGACAAAAAUGAACUAAGAGGGAGCAAGGAUUGCUGAGAAUUGGGAGAAUUAAAAAGGACUGAAAAUAACGAACUAGAAAAAUUUUUAGGCCUAAUGUCAAAACAUGACAGGUGCAUAUUGAUAUUUUACCUGUUUCAUUCAGACUAACCCUACAAUGCUUCCCUCGCUCCCAAACGUUUCUCUACUGAAAAAAAGUGGGCGCACUGGAGGAAGGGACCGCGAGAGAGGAAGAAACCCUAAAUUUGUUAUCUCUCUUAUAGUCCUUCGCGAUUCGUGCGCGGUAUAUUUUUACCUCUUCGUUGUUUUUAUUAUUAUUAUUAAGUAUUAUUUUGAAAUUCAUCUUGUACUCAGAGGCCUUUCUCUAUGGCGCUAUCAUUGAUUUGAAAUAUGAUGGCAUGACUAAGUUAUUUUCUGCAUUUGCAUCCAAGAGAGCGGGUUUCCUGACUGAUUUCAAACGACCGAAACUGGAAUCAAGUUUGACUCACAAACGUUCCAACUGAUAAUUCUCUUCCUAUUGUUCUCUGCAGGGUUGUGCUUUUUACAGUAAACCUGAAGUCAUCGUAUUUAAGGUGUGUGUACCGGCGGGAAAGUUACUUAUUGUCCUAUUACAGUAAUGCAGCGGUUAUGAGAAUAUUACAACCAGCUGCUUGACAACUGAAACAUACGUGAUCAUUUUUUCUCCAGGACUUUGACGUCGGGAAAUCCUACAAGAAGAAAAUUCUUUUAACAAACAUAUCAUACACUCAGAACUACUGCAAAUAUGUUGGCAUGUCUCAUAUCCUGAAAGACUUCAUCGAAGUGUUGUAAGUAAACGUCCAGUUUAUUACCGUCUCAGAAAAGAAAAAAAAUUGCGCUCGAGAGCGGUUCGUAUUGCUGCAUGAGUGUAUCACAGUAUCUGUAUCGUAAAGAGACUCAGCGGACUGUUACUCCCCCCGGAUAGGAUGCGAGUCGAUCGCAGGUUACCAUCCCCUCCCCACACCCCAGCAUUUUUACAGUUUUCACUGUCAGUUCAUUGUGACCCAUUUAUACUCUUGACGGGAGAAAGGGACUGUAAAAGUUGUGAAAGUAAAGUGUCGGGAGUACAGCAUACAGACCAGGGUUCGAGCUCGGACACCUCGAUGCGGAUUCCAGCGCGCUAUCGAUUAGGAUAACUUGUCUUACACGAACCAAAACCAUAAGUUGAUCUUUACUCGGCGAUGAAAAUACUCCUACAAAACAUUUUGUUUUCGUUUACGUUUCAUUAGUUUCGAUCCACCAGGAGUGAUGUCAGCUGGUCUGACUUGUGAUUUUGCUGUGACUUUCAAGCCAAUGGUGAGUUUCAAAAGUCUACAUAGUGAGUUGAUUUCUUUUGAUAUCAUGGAAAGGUUAACGUGACAUUGUGAACGAGUGUUUUUUUCUUAUUAUACCCUUGUACAGCUGAAUGAAGACUUGGUGGGCCACAUAGAUUUCCUUGCCCAAACAGGACCCUUUUCAGUUCCAAUUCGAUGUGUCACAAAGAAAUGUCAGGUAAUGUUCUUUAACAUUUUUAUCGUAAUUCUUAUCUAGUUUUAGUUAAAGUCGUCUGAUAAAGUUCUCUUCCAUUAAGUGUCGUAAAACUCACACCAACGCUUUCACAAUAGCCACUCAGAGCAAAGGAAAAUACAUUAAGGAGCUGAUGAACAUCAAAUUGAGACACAUUUUUGUUUUACUUUACAACGACAUGCCUGGUGAUUCUCAAGUGAAAGAUGAUGUUAUUCAGUGAAGGACGGGCAUAACCGGAAAAAAAGAACUUCGAGUACCCCCAAUACGAGUGAAACCUACCACUUUCAAUUAGGAAGGGGAAGCCUGGACGGAAGAGAAUUUUACAAGGAGUAAAUGAGAACUUUAAGUAAAAGCGUGAAGCAGCUUCAAGCGCGGAAAAAGUUCGGACGAGUCCCAGUUGUUUUACUUAUUGUUUUGUAGUUGAUUCUAUAAAAAAGGUCGCGCGCUGAGUAUCUUAAAAUAAUGGCAGAGUGAAUCAAAACCAGUACAAUCGAAGUGUCACUGUUCGAUUGUACUGGUUUUGACUUCCGACACUCAAUCGAAAACGAUCUUUCACUGCAGGGGCUUCAUUGAGAGCCGGCUACAGACGGUCUACCGCCGCCCAUAAGACUCUUACUACCGUCUAUUUAGUUUGCGAGUACGCCCUCGUGUUUGGGUUUCGUUUAGCUGCCCCCUUUUCGCGCACAGCUGCCUUUUACGCCAUCGGCGGUGGCCGCAUAUGGAAAAAGGUUAUUAAAAAAACCCCUGCACUGAUGUUUUACUGCUAAUAGUAUUGUUAGUUGUUUAGAUUGUGUAACGGAUUCCUAUGUCACAGCCUUAACUAUGGUUUGCAGAUCGCUUUGUAUAUUGUGAAUCUCAGUAGAAAUUCUGCCCAACGAGUUCUUUUGUAGGUCGGCUUUUAAUGUAAACUGUACCUCAGAUUUCAGAGGAUGUCACCGAAGUUGAAUUUGGAAGUCAAGUCUUGGGAGAAACCAGGAAGAGAAUUAUAAACGUUACGAAUAAUGGAGCGUUAGGAACUCAAUUUACAUUCAGAAAGAUAACAGGUAUUUCACUUCAGUUUCGUUUAAAAAGCCAUGUUCAUCUGAAGUUAGUCUAUGACACAAGCUAAGCUGAGAAGACUGGGUUUGAUUGUCAAAGUCGAGGCGUAACGUUAGAAUACGCCCAUAUAUUCAAGGCAAUCAAGCGAGCGCUUACAAAGGACGAGAACUCACCGUGACAGCGGCACUUUUUCACUUUCAUACGCCGCGGUUCUUUCAAGAGAGCGUGCAUCUCAAACGUAACAAUCAAACACUAAAAAAAGUAGAGCGUGCGACACAAACGAAACAAUCAAACACUAAAAAAUUAGAGCCUGCGACACACACGUAAUAAUCAAACACUUAAUACAGAGAGUGCGCAUCACUAACGUAACAGUCAUACACUGAUCAAAGAGAACUCAUUAACGUUAGACACUUAACAAAGAGAGCGCGCGUCAAUAACGUGACAAUUAAACUCUAAACAGAGAGUACGCAUCGCUAACGUAAGAUUCAAACACAAAACAAAGAGAGCGCGCAUCGCCAACGUAAUAGUCAAACACCAAACAAAGAAAGCGUGCAUCAUUUUAACUUAAGAAUCAAACACCAAACAAAGGUAGCGCGCAUUACUAACGUAACAGUCAAGUACUAAACAAAGAGAGCGCGCAACGCUAUCGUAAGAGUCAAACACCAAACAAAAGUGCACGAAUUACUAACGUAACAGUUAAACACUAAACAAAGAGAGCGUGCAUCACUGACGUAACAAUCAAAAAACGAAACAAGAGAAAGCGUAUCACUAACGUAACUAUCAGACACGUAACAGAGAGGGCGUGUCACUAAUCUAACAAUAAAACGCUUAACAAAGAAAGUGCGCAUCACAAACGUAACAGUCAAACACUUAGCAACGAGUGCGCGCCUUACUCACGUAACAAUCAAACACUAAACAAAAAGAGCUCGCAUCACAAACAUAACAAUCAGACACUCAACAGAGAGCGCGUUUAACUAAAGUAACAAUCAAAUACUAAAAAAAAAGAGCGCGCAUCGCUAACAUAACAGCCAAGCACUGAAAAAAGAAAGCGGGCAUUGCUAACCUAAGAAUCAAACACAAAACAAAGGUAGCGCGCAUUCCUAACGUAACAGUCAAACACUCAACAUAGAGCACUUGUAACUAACAUGACAGUCAAACACUAAAAAAGAAAGCUUGCAUCUCUAACCUAAGAAACAAUAAAAGAGAGCGCGCAUUACUAACGUAACAGUCAAGCACCAAACAAGGAGAGCGCGCAACACUAACGUGACAAAUGGCAUCCCGUCUGCUUUGUCUUUUAAAAUGUGCUAUUACUGAAAAUCCUGUACAUAUUCUAAUCAGCCUAAAUCCCCGCUUAUGCUGAAAGGGAUGGGAGUUUUUGGAACGUGUCAAAGCUUAAAAAAAAUGAUAUUACUGAAAUUUUUUGACAAUUUUCUAACUACGUGAUAGUGAGAAAGGAAGAGAAAUUUUCAGUUUUCAAGAGAAAAGUGAAGCAAUUAUUCUGCUCUUCUUUUUUCGCAGGCUUGGCGAGAUCGCUCUCCUCUUCAGAGCUGAGUUCUAUCGGCGGAAUGGUAUGUGGAACUCUUUUGUUUCAGUAAAGAUAAUUUGGUUUUAUCAACUGAGUUGAUGAUGUAAAUUGACCAACCUAAAGAGUUUCUUAAGCUGAAGUUUCGAGCUUUAGUUCUUCGUCGAAGAAAGGCGAACGCUCAAAACUUUAGCUUUAGAAACUCUUUCCAGUGGCUAAUUUACAUUAUCAACUCAGUUUAUAAAACUGACUAAUCUUGUAAUACCAUCUACCCUCCGCCACUGACGCAGCACCACAGUUUCUUUAGAAACCUACCCCCCUUGUUUUAGUUGGUGAGACUGACUGUCUGUGUAGAGGAUGGCGCAGCACAAAAAUGAAUUGUACGGCAAUUUUUCAUCAUUUGAUAGUGUUUUUGUAUCGUCUUUCGAUCAAUGGUAUUAUGUUGUCGAAACCCGACAGCCAUACAGACUCAGAGGGCCAAUUUUGUAAUGAAAUUUAACGUAAAUUUGCAGUUUUUGUUUAUCAUUAGACGAUUUAUACAAGUCUCAUGUGAUAUUCCCCAACUGUCUCCUAGACUGUAACGGACGUAAAUGUGACUCAGCAAGACUCCAACCCGACGGAGCUACAGGUUCCCCCUGAGGGGAUGGCAGAAGACGCAAAAGAACCUCAAGGGGCUAGUGUAACAGAAAUUCCUAGUGAACCAGGUCAACAAGGUAGUCCGGCCCAAGUCGUAUGUCGACGUUUAUAUCAGAUCACUUUUGUUUUUAUGCCGAGAGAAAACAAAACGUGUGGCAAAAUGUACUUUGAGCUCACGACAGUGCCACUGUUAUAGAUGAUUCGACAUAGACACUACCAAGGAAAUUGAUUGUAUAAGGGUUAUGGAAAAUCUUAAUAAACUAAGUUUGUCGUGACAAUUUCGUUGACAAGUCCUCUUCGUUAACGUUUACAACAAACGAUAGAGGUGCUAGAAUCUCUUUGAUACGGCUCGGUAUCGAAAAAACCGUUGCUCUUGUAGCAGAGACACAUCUGGUGUCACUCGUUUGUUUCUGUUUUUUAUAACUUUUGUUGAUCUUUACAGAGGGCGAAAGCCCGGAGAAGGCCUUAGAGCCCAGAUCUGGUAGUGCUGUUAAGUUCGAGAAGGGAUUGGCAACUACUGAAGGCGAAGUUCUCGCCCCAGCAGAAGAGACUGGAGACCAGCUAGAUGGUUUGUGGUGUAGUUUUUCAAUUAAAUACCAAAACUCAUGACCAGCAUAUCUGUUUUGACUAUAUAUUUUCUUCUUUCAUAUAUCAGUUGAUCUGACCUCAGCAGCACCUCAGACUAUCUCAUCAAUCCCUACAGAAACCUCUAUAUUAGAAGGUCUCAGAGUCGGAAAGGUGAAUAUAUAUGUAUUUCCUCCAGUGCUGUCACGACAACUUAUAUAUCUUGGAGUUGUUUGCGUAAGGGUGAUUUUAAGAUUCACGGCUAUGAUCCUAGACCAAGUAUGCCAACUAGGUUUAGUUUAUGUGUCUUCGUAGUUUAGCUAUAUAUUUCCUUUUUCUUCUAUAAACAGGUUUCUUCUGGAGAAAUUGCACCGUUUUCUUUAGUCCAGGUGGAAGUGGUAUUUAAUCCUACCAAGUCAGGCAAUGCCCUCGCCGAGUUUGAGAUAUCCUUUUCAGAUCCUCUCUCACCCCCAGUAAGUGAAAGCUUUGUGUGUAACACCGUCCUCUUAGGUUGAAAAGUUGCUCGGUUUCAUUCUGCCUGAUGAAAGGAAAUUACUUAGCGAUUAAGCUUUUCCGAAGUUAAUGAUUUACGUAUGUUUAUCGAUGCUCAAAAGGCUUGUAAUGGGGCUCAUAAACUAUUGACUACUUUAGACUCCUUGUAAAAGCGGCAGUUCGUUCAAUUCAGAAUUCAUUUACUGACUAUAGUUAUCCUGACAAAACUGCACCGUCAUAGGGUAGAUACCUGUGUUGUCGCCCCAAUUAAAAUGAUGCUUUCGAACUUUUUUCUUCAGUGGAACCUCCAUUCAGGGGAUACCUCCCUUGACUAGUAAAAGUGUCCCCUGAAUGGAGUUGAAAAUAGUGACAAAGGCCAUGAGAGCAGCCUUUUUUUCUGUCGGGAGUAAAGUUUGUGUCCCUUUGGAUGUUCCAACUGAGACAGUACCCUGUUAAUACUAAUAUGCCACUGUUGCGGAUGUACUAUUUUUUUUCUUUUUUGUUCGUCUGCAGAUAGUGAUCCGAGCUCGAGGAACGGGAAUCGAUGUUCCUGUCUGGGUGGAGAGAGAGGUAACGCGUCAUUUUUCUCCCCUCAAAUUUCUGGAUGUUGUUCGGGAUAUCAACCCUUUUCACCCUAACAUCAGUAUGCAUAUUCUCAAUACUGUUCUCCAUACGUCUACUAAGGUGCAGACAAGGAGAAUUUGUCUUACAAUCAAGAGCUUCUUAAGUUGGUGAUCAUUUCCUUUACUCUCGUGACCUUCAUGUGUGUUUUUGAGGGAUGAUAUUGUAAGGAGAAAUUAGAUGCUAGUCACUCUUAGGGUUCAAAGGGUUAAGAGGUUUCGAUAUUUAUUUAUAUUUCUGAUGUUUAUCAAAAAUUUUAGGGUUAGUUAGAAACAUUCAUAACUUUUAAGCUGAGCCUGGGUGGAAUUUUUCCUUAAAAAUAAUACAGUUCUCUGCCAGAAUUGCCUGAAUAUUUUUCGAUCAAUCGACCUCCUCCUUCAUCAGGUCGUCGACUUAAAGAUGUGCAUGUACGACCGGCUAUAUCAAGAUGCAAUACUUGUCAACAAUAGAGCCACUUCAGCUCUCAGACUGAAGUUUGAAGUUUGUAAAGAAUUGAGGAAUCACUUGGAACUGCUUCCCAAGACAGCUUACAUACAAGCUGAGUCCCAGUUCUCUGCGCAGCUCAAGUUCCUUCCAAGGUAAGAGGGAGUUACCUUCAGUGCCAUGUGAACCUUGACAAGAGCCACAACUUUGACCAUAGGCACAACAAAUUAUGCUGCAAACUGAAAUUUUCUACUAAUUUUUUACUUGUGAUUUCUUUGCUUUUCUUUUCCCAUAAUUUAUUUAGCCUGCACUGCUUUGUGGUUACUGUUAGAGGUUGUUGACCAUUAUAUGCCUGGUUGUGUUUCAGACAAACUCUGCCAGAUGACUGUCCCACAUACUUUGACGUAGAGAGCAGAUUGCUUGAGGCACCUAUGGUCGUACGUGUCGCAGAUCAGGUUAGUUUACUCCGCACUCUCUAAUUAACUAAUUUCUUACUUACUUCAGCCUUCGCUUUGGUCUUGGUAAAUUAACAGCCAAGAAAAAGCAAUCUGUGACAGAAAAUUUUGAUUUUCGUUUUUCGUGCUUGGGUAAUGGCACAGAUUUCAAUAACAUCCGGUUGCAAGCGGUCUACUGCCACCUAUAAGGCCUAAUACCGCCGUCUGUUUAGCUUACGAGCAGGCUUUCGUGUUUUGGUUUUGCCUUACGGCCCCUAAACCUUUUAAGUCUCACUAGUGACCAAGACAGAAUUUCUCCCUACUCUAUCAGUACAAUAUCAAGCAAACAAGUAAUGAGAAUGAAGAAAAAUAUCAAUCAGGGGAUUAUUGGUUGACCCAAUUCCAAAUUCUCCAAACUAACAUCACAAGAAUUGUAUGGCAGACAGUAAGGAGAAUUACUAAUGAGAUCUUGGGAGUUAAAGGGUUAACCGAGCAUAGCCGUCAAUUACAAUAACGACAGUCGCUUAUGGAAAGAGUUAUUGAAACCGCUGCUAUGGGAUUUCUUUUCUGUGUGUUGUAUGUUACAUGUGGUGAUCUUGUACUCUUGUGUAAGGUUCGUGACAGAGCGUGCACUUGUGGGUGAUACUCCUCUACUGUGCUUUUCUUCUGUAAUGUGUACAGAAAUAACAUGAUUUGCAACUCUUCGCAGUGGAUGCGACGUUUCGUGACAUUUUGUACUUUUUUGUAGUUGAUGUACGCGUGCGUGUGACAAUGUUAGCCUCUCUUGUGAGAUUUCGUGUCGCUGUGCGCUUAAAUAGCUUCUUUCUUUUUUCAUUUGUUAGACGCGGCCAGUUCCGUUCACAGUAAGAGCGAUAGUGACGUCAUCAGAUAUCGAGUUCAACGUUCAAGCGAUUGACUUUGGUUUCUGCACAGUGCUGGAGUCAGUGAGACGAACAGUGACUUUGACUAACAAGUCUGUAUUACCUCAACAAUUCGGAUUUUGUGGAGUUCCUGAUGUGAGUAGUGUUUUCAUCUGUUCUGUUGCAACUGCACUUAGGAAUACGGAAAACUUCAAAACUUAUUAGAAUUUAAAUUUAGUUCUAGGAAGACUAUUGCCUAACAGUGCAUCCUUAUGAAAGAAAAUCAACUUAUUUGCAAUCACCGAUGUGCGUCAGAGCUUAAGAUUUUUCAGAGAUUUUGAAGUGUGAUCCUAACUUUAAACCUCUGUCGCAGAGAUUUCGGAUUGUCAUUUUAAAUUAAAACUUCUGGUAUCAUUCCUUUUCUUAAACAUUAAUGCCCAGUAUUCUGCGCCGAUAUCUCAUAGCUUUGUAAUUUUUAAUGCUUCAGACGGUUGAUGUUCAGCCUAAUGAUGGAUUCGGUACCCUGCUGCCAUUGGAGAGCUUUGAUGUGGACAUCAUGUUCAACGCCAAAAAAGCUAAAGUGAGUCAUGUAAUAGAACGGUCAGCGGUGAGAGUGACUUUCAAUUAAGUGUCUUAAAUGAUCAGAGAUCAUGUUGAUUUUGCUUUUCUUCGCCCUGUUUUAGGUUUAAACAAACUCCCGCGACUCUAUCAACUGAUCAGAAGCAGAUCUAAAACCACUUGUGACUUGAUCACUUUGCGUUUUCCUUCUCGUUGGCUCCUACUAAUACUUUACUUAGUUCUGAUUGGCUGUUUUACUCAAUCGAAAUACGCCAAGCCGUGUAUGUACUAGCCAAUUGUCUUUGAUAAGUUUUCACGUUACAAUUUUACCCACGGCAGUGUAACUGGAUACGUGCGACAAGUUUUCAUCUGGUUGGGCCACUUGCAUGUCAAUGACUUAUCAAGGACGAAAAUUUCCUAGCGCAGAUAUCGAUGAAAAAUUGUACCCCGACAAAUUUUCUUUGACACGUUUGAUAGUUAAGAAAUGAUCCACGUAUGAAAGCUACAAAGUUCAUUUCUGCAGUCCCUUUGAUUGAAGCUCACUUGCGAGGUUAUUUCUCUACUGAAUAUCAUCCGUAGAUCAAGAUAAAAUUUACUAAAUAUAAUUUUGACAAGCUUUCUUUGCCAAAGUCAGUAGUUAAGGACAUUCAUUUGGUAACAAUAUUUAUUUUAGUAAGAUUCCUAUUCUUACGGGGUCGGAACCGUUCUCUUCUCUCGCUUGUAGGAAUAUGAGUUUGAUCUCACUUGUAAGACUGGCAUCGGCCGCGAGUUCAAACUUCACUGUAGAGCAGUGGGCGUCCUUCCCCCGCUGGAACUCUCUCACUCUGUGAUCAAAAUGAAAGCCACAGCUGUCUCGGAUACAUGCGCGGCUCACAUUGAAGUCAUCAACUCGCACACCAGCGCAAAUGAAUUCACCCAUCCAGUGCCCAGAAUUGGCUCUGGUCCCAUUGUAGAGGUGGGCCCCACGUCGUUCGAAUUUAUGGUCCCUGCUGAUGCGCCCCUGACUGUGUCCCCAGCUGUAGGCACUGUCAACGCGGGAGAGGUACGUUUAAAGUUAUUUCUUUUUUAUAGGAUUUCAACCUUUUUACCCUCAGCUCUCGCUUCUCUUCCCCUCGAUACGCUGUUUAAAAUACACUGAAAGACACGAAAAGACACUUCGUCGCGAGGAUUAUUCAACAAUACUCACUUCUCCCUCGGCAAAUAAUUGUUAAUCAGAGGUAGUUGGAGUCGUAGUCGAAAGUAGUUGAAGUUGGAGUUAGAGCUAGAGUUGGAGUUACGCAGAAAAGAAGAUACUUUUGACGUCUAAAAGAAAGCUCUAUGGUCCGAGACUCUUGGUACCUCCGCUUGGCGAUUUUGCUCAGGCUAGAUUUUCCCUAACGUCCCAACUUCUUGUUGAAUUUAACCACAAUUGCUGCACGAGGUGAUCUUGGUUAUUAACUAUAAGUACAAAGGAUAACGUGAGAACUUUACAUUGCCAUCAGUGCUAUUGAUGAUGCCUCGGACAAAAAGGCAUUGUUGCGGAGAGGUUUUCGUAAUGGUUUGUGUAAUGCAUUAGUAUGCAUUUACAGUAAAUCAAGUCGCACUGCAUUUGCCUAAUCUCUUGUUGAACUGUGAUUGUUAGACUGCAGCUGCCAAGUCGCCUUUUUUUCACUUUCUGUUUGAUCACUUAAGUUCGUUAUUGUUUCAGCGCUGCCUUGUUCAUGUGACCUUCAGUCCUCGUAUGGAUCCAGACAUGGUGCGACAAGAGGCCGUGCGUAUGAUGGAAAGAGAAGCUGAGGCUGAAAGGAAGAGACUGGAACUAGCGUCACCUCCAGAGAAGCCUCAAGAGCAAAAUACAGGACAGGUAAGAGUCCUUGUUGGUAACUUUUCGCUCUUGAGGUCGUUCCUCGCGACAAACAAUGAAUGCUUUUUCGUAUCAACCGUGCAGUCGUUUACAUUAAGGUUGGAUUGAAUUUUGCGUAGGGUGGAAUGUAAAAGGGAAUCGGCAAAGUAUUUGGAAAAUUGGCGAAAUUCGGGGAGUAACCUGCUAUGAACUAGCAUCCUGUCCAAGGGGAAGUAGGUAUACUUUGUGCUCCAGGUUAACAUCCAGCUGUGUGGAGUUCUUUGGUUCUCUAUUGCGUAUUUAGAUAUCGAUGAUUCUUUACGUGGGGAAGGCCUCCAUUCAAAGUGCGCAACUUUAAAGACAGGAAACAAAGCCACAGAGUGGGGAUCGGUUACCGCAGGGAACAAAAUUGGGACCGUGGCUAUUCUUGGUUAUGAUAAAAAAAUUAUUCUAUAACUUUUGUAUCUGAGACUGUCAUUGAAGGAAUACUUUUAAAGAGGGGGAGGAUGUCCCGCAGACAGAGGCUAAACUGGGUAGAUUUCGGCUUGAUUGUUUCGUUUCUUCUUUUCGUUGCUAUAACAGAAAAAGAAAGGUGGCAAAGCUCAGGCUGGAAAGAGUGCCAAGGCAUCACCAAAGCGAGGAAAUACGCCGAGCAACACCAACCUCGCCGCUACCACGAAGACUCCAACCAAAACUUUCACUGUCGCUGAUGUAAUUGACGGGUGGGUGUUCAAGAACUUACACUUAAAUUCCGUAUUAGAAGGGCAAAUACCCAGUCCAAAUAACAUUAAACUACAUAUGAAUUAAGGGGACAGUUUCUAAAGAAACUGUGGUGCUGUGUCAUUUGAGAGGGGGGUGGGGGCGUUACAAGAUAAUUUGAUUUCAUCAACUGAGUUGAUAAGGUAAACUUUCCACAAUAAACAGUUUCUAAAGCUGACGUUUCGAGCGUUAGCCCUUCGUUAGCAUGGAUGACGAAAAAUUAACGGUUGAUUUAAGGGAGAACAGGAGCAAGAGGUGUUCCAAUUAGGUGUCCCAUGCCUGCGAAUGUAGGCUGUGUUAUGAGCAUCUUAUUACCGCAGGAGUCAAUAAAGCCGAAAGAGUAAAAGUAGGUGGAUGAAGAUGUUGAAAUAAGUUAAAAAAAUUGUUUGUUGUUGUCUUCCAGGUCCAAUGAAUACGAGUCAGCCCACUUGGCUUUACUCAGGACUUAUCAGAAUGCGUUCUCUAGAUACUUAGUUCCCUGCUUCGUAGCCCCUGGGCGAUGUACUGAGCCUAACUCUUUGUCAUGCAGGUGAGAUUUUCCAGGAGAGAUUUUAGCAGAUUCCCUUGAGCUGCAUUAACGCCGUCACAAAUUUGUUAAGAAAUAUAGGGGGUAGAACUUCCCUUAAGCUAUUUAGAAUUUCGUUUAAAGGUAUCUUGGUCGAGUCUUCUACAAUGUAUUAAUUACUGCGCCGUUUUCUCAAGCUAUUCACCGCUUCUUGGCUCAGUUCAGUGAUAUCUCCAAGAUAAGGCGUUGACGAGAUGCAUUUUCGUUCCUACAAGCAUCAAAAAUUGUCCUCAUGAAGAAAAUAUCACCGAAACACUUAUGAUUUUGUCAAAUACUCGGCCAUAACAAAGUUCGCAGCAACCAAACUUUAUUUCGAUCCAGGACAUCAGUGCCAAUUUACCCGACUAAUGCGAACAGUGAAAUUUGUGAAAAAUCUCACAAAGGCAUUGGUGUGGUUGGAGAACAUUUUAUUGGUGUCGCAGGCGUAAACCUGAUCUUCAACUGUGAAUAUUAUUUUCUGCUUGGAUGUUCGUGCGUACAUAUUAACAUCGUUUCUCUCUGUUCCUUUCACAGUGUUCACAACACGAUCUAUCUAGAGGUUCACUGCCCGGCCGUCCGGCCCCAUUUGGUGGUCGUAUCUGACAGUGGAAGAUCUGUUGUGGACUUUGCAAAUGUGUCCCUUGGUAAGAUAAAAAAUAUAUUGUUGUCCUCGUGAGUUGCGUCAAGGGAAAGAAUUUACCUCAACAGAAACUUUAUUUUUUCAUCAGUCAGCUAUCCAUCAGCGUUAUUCUGUUGUCCACGUUAACUUUAACUCCCAAGAUCUGAUUGUUAAUUCUCCCCUCUGGCUAAUACACAUUUCCUAAUAAAGUAGUCACAAGAAUUUUUUGUCAGAUCAAGAUGACAACUUCUACCUGAUAAGUUUGAGUAUUCUCAUUACCUGUUUGCUGGAUAAUGUAUGGAUAUUAUAGGGAGAAGUUAAAUGUUGAUCAAUUUAAAGGGUCAAAACAAAGAACAUGUGAUUGGAAAAGUUUCACAAUAAUAGUGUCGUUUUUUUUUUAGUGAUCCUUUAUACGUUGUGAGCGGUGUUACAGCUCGUAACUUGACGCCAAAACUUUGAAGACCUUUUGAUGUAAUUUUUGUUUGUAAUGGUUGUAUUGUUUCUUAUAUUUCUCUCCUUGCUUGUUUGUGUUUUACAAAGGUCGAUCGGAGAUUAAAAGUUUCACCAUUCAAAAUAUUUCUGACGAACCAAUAAAGGUAAGAGACACUGAAAAAUGCUACAAAGUAAUGCUACCAUUAAUCAUGGUAGAAUAGCCCGAAUUGGUAUCAAAAUUCAGCAGUAAACUUUCAGCUUCAGCAAGGGUCUCUAGGGAACUGACCAAAGAGUCUAUGGAGUUUGCUUCCUAGCUACGUAAUGGAUGUUAAGAGUUUUAACGCUGUGUUUCUUGUCUGGGCUUGUUCUCUGUGCUCUUUAAGAAGUCUUCAUUUUUUAAAAAUAUUUGUUUAAUUCUAUACUUACUUGUUCACGGUUGCUAAGUAUUGUCACACACUCUCUUUUUCUGUUCUGCUUUUCAGUUGAGCUCCUCGUUACUAGAUCCUCACGGUCCUUUUCAGAUGUUGAACGCAUUAAGGACCUUGGAUCCCCAAGCGACUCAUACCGUGAUUGUGUCGUUCGGUCCUAACGCUCCCAAAGAGGUAAGAUUUCGACUUUGUGGGGUAAAACUAGAGAAAGAACAUGGAUAUCAGGAUUUGAAGAACCAAGAGCGUUUUUUAUUUGCAAUUCAUGUUAAUCUUCGUCAUUUCUAACCACAGAUAACCAGUUAUCAUGGUAGAAUAGCCUCAUUUUGAAGUUUUAAAAUUUAUCAUUCAACUAUUGGCUUCAGGGAGAGUCUCCGAGGGACUGACCAUAGAGUUUGAAGGCUUUGUUCCCAUAGUUUAUUGGUGAAUGUUGUUCGUAAAGUUUUGAUGUCAAGCUUCGAUCUUCUUCGUGCUGAAUUUCUGAUGAAUUUUCCUUUCGUGUUUGACUUUUUUGAUGUUUUUUUUAUGUUUAGAUGCUUUAAACGUGACAACAUAACCUGUUAAAAAACCAUCUUUCUCUAUAACCUUUUAUUGUGUAGUUACCACUAAACGAGUAUAAAAUCAAGUUAACAUAAAACAGCGUUACCCAGCAAAAUUACUGAGAAAGAAACCGUUUUGAGACAGCUGGUCAAAUGCGGCCUCUGUUUCGAUGAGACCACAUUUCUUCUUCUCGACCGCUGGAAAAUGGAAUUAGGACUCUGGAAACAAGAUUCCAAUUGUUCUUACUGUUGUGUGGAUGUAAAUUCAAUGAAAUUUGGGCCCUGCUUCGUGGCCUUAGAGGUUCGAGAUAAGCUGUUUCUAUUCGCACGUAAGUUAACUCUUACAACCUUUGUCAAGACAAUUUUGCAGCGCAUUUUUUCACGUAAGCCAACGUUCCCUUAUUUGAUAAGGGCACUGUUCUAAUCGAGCCUUGUCUUUUUCGUCGAUACUUAGUUCCAUGAGGUCCUAGAAGUGCGGUGCCCCCGGAAUACACUAUACCUCAGACUGAAGGGCAGGGGGGUUCAACCUGUGAUCUCUCUGUCAGUGGAGGAUGGUUUGCUGGACUUGGGAGACGCUCUAGUUGGUGAUACGAUCUCGUCCAGUUUUAAGGUAAGAAAAAGGAAGAAUGUAUCGAUGAGAUAAAAUAUUUUUAGAGAGUUUUUCUCCCCUUACCCCCUCCAAAGUAUCAGGAGGGCUUAUGUGUUGAGAAAUUUGCAGUUGUACCUGUGAUGGGAGAUGCGAUCACUUGAUCUGGUUAUCGUGCACUUAUCAAGAGGUCUCUUUUGGAGUCCGGGGCGAAGUCGCUAUGUUGUGUUCUUGGGCAUUACGUGCACUAACCCAAAUAGACUAUUGAUUUAGGACGUAAGUACUGGGGCUGAACAAGCGGGGCGGAGUGAUGUAGUAAAUAUAACUUUUAGAACGAAAUAUAUCUUAUUGAGAUGAGUGGUUUUAUUUUCCUGUUGGUUCAAGCAAAAAUGUAUCUAAACAAACUGAUUUGCGAUCACGUUUGGUUUCUAAAACAGUCUGCUGAGUCGACUUCUCACCUGUGAUACUUUUUUUCGUGAUUUUGUGGGAUCGUUGUAUAAUAAGGUAGCCAGACCUCAUUCCUAUUUAAUCUGUCAUCGCCUUUCAACUAGAAAGAAUAAAGAUAAGCGGGAACGAGAGGACGUCGUCAUGUAUCAGUAUGAGGUUGUUUCUCCGCGUUGGCAUGAAUAUAACGUGGCAAUUCUAACGGCUUUCCUCUGCUAUUUUUCUAAUUGGUUUCUGGAAACCUCAUCGAACACAGCUACACUAAUUUUCGUCGUAACUCAUUUUGCAGAGUUUAUUCUAGAACGCGGCUUUGCGUGAUUGCUGCAAAUCGCAAAAACAAUGCCGCAUAAAAGUUACGUACGCAAGGUUUCAAAGAACCAUUUUUUGAAACUCAGUAUUCGAAAACAUACCUGAAAGCAACAUUGUUAUGACACUUGUUGCAUAAAAUUCACUUUAACUUCAUGGCCUCGUUCUGUUUUGUUUCCAUCCCCUCAACUUUCUUACUGACUAGACUAUACAAAUAAGUUCAAUCACCCUUUGGAAAACCCUAUAUCUUGAGCCCCCUCUCUGAAAAAGGGCCUAAAACUAAAGAAAAGGCUCAACUGGACCCUCUUCAGCCAAUUUUUAGAAUAACUCCUGAUUUUGACGGCUAUUUCUUCUUGCAGAUAUCUAACACUUCAGAGCUGUCAAUCACCUAUUCACUGAAGCUUGACAGCUUAUCUCCAUUACGUCACAGCCGAGCGCAAGUGUUACCCAGGUUCCUUCCGCCGUUUAGCGAGAUGCCAGAAACUCAACAGCACGCGUUAGGUGAGAUUGAUAUUGCGGAAGCUACCAGUUACGGCUUUUACUGCUGUUGCUAUCUUUGAUGCUGUGAAAUAUUUUUUUCUGGUAUUUGUAAAAAAAUUGAUGUGCUGCGUCGAUGUGCUAGUGAAACAGCUGAUCUAUUACAGAGUAAGAAAGAUGGUACGUUUUGAGAUCAGUAAGGAAGUAGAAAAAGACGAGAAAGAUAUUCUUUUGUCUUGUCACAAGCGUGGGACAAAGAAAAAAUUCUGAGUCGCCAUGAGGAAUAGAACUUCAGACCUUAGGAUUUGGUGGGAAUUUUUGUAAAAGCCUGGCUUACCAUAGAGUCUUAAUGGUUCAGUGGUAGAGCAUCGGAGGGCAGAAUCCGAAGGUCUGUGGCUCGAUUCCUCAUAGGGACUCAGAAUUGUUUUUCUUUGUCCCACGCUCGUGAAAAGACAAAAAACAUCUUUCUCUAAUUAGUCUAUUUCCAGCAGUUCAGUCGCAUGUACACUAGAAGGUAAAGAAAGGAAAACAGAGAGCUAGGAAAGCCUGUAAACGACCCCUGCCGGAAUAUAGUUACUGUAAACGCUUUCAAAUACACUCCAAAACAGUCCCCAUAAAGUCAUGUACGCUGUUAAGAAAGGAUGCUUCUUUACUCUGAUCGAGUUUACUGUUUCAGUCAUACUUAGUGGAGGAAACUGUUUACUUAGCAAUAUAAAGGUUUGUUCACGAAAAGGCGAUGUUACGUUUGUGUCACUCCUUCCACCUGUAGUCAAAACUUGUUUCAAUUCUAAUGUCAAUCAUACGUUUGUAAAAUUUUCUUUUCUUUUCUGCCAGGUCCGUCGAAUUACAAUGGGAUGGCUGUAUUUGACUGUGUUCCUGCUCAAGGUGUGAUCGGCCCAGGUACACGAAUAAAAUGUGAACAUUUCACCAAGCUGAAUAAUUAACAUCAUUACAUCGCUGGCUUUUAACUGAAUUUUUUUGACCCAUGUAAGAUUUUUAUACGUUACAGGCGAGUCUAAAGAGAUCACUAUCUCUUUCAACCCGGAUCACCCAAGUCAGCUUUACGCCGAUGAAGUCUCCGUGGAGAUAAACAACGGGGUGAGUAAGACUAGAUUGUGAUCUUGGAAACGUCUGCGCAUUUGCGAAUGUUGUAAUGACUAGAUGACAUGCUUUCAGGCUAUCAACAUCAAGUUGUCUCACAUCAGUUACAAGCAACCACACAAUGCGUAGUAACGUACAACUUUUUCGGUAUAGCUCAAAACAGAUUAGUAAAUCAACAAGAAAUUCGUGCUUGUGUGCGAAAAGUUUCGUGGUGUCCUUUCCUCCACUUUUGUUUCCUUUUACAGAUGUCUAUUGAUGGUUCGAUUUUCUUCCGCUUUUUUUGCGAGACAGCGUUUGUUUCUUAUAUUUUCUUUGAAAUUCCUAGCGAGAAAUUGGCGCGCGCGCGCGGGCCAAAAUUUCUCUCCUCGUGCAUACCCCACGUUUGACCGCUGUGUUUAUCUUGAAUGAAGUCGAGAGGCUUCGCGAGAGUUGAGUGUUUGCACAUAAAGACAACAUAGUCACGUUGGUCACUUCUCAAAGAGGAUUUUUCCAAACUGGAGGACAACACGCAAAUCAUUGGCACAGUGUAUAUCCUACUGCAUUUACACUUAUCCUUGUUACAUUCUUUUAACUACUGUACGACGAAUACAUCUUGCUAUGGUCUUAAUCCGUAUCUUUUUGAUGUUCAUACUUCAGGAGCAGCCCUAUUCUGUCCGACUACUGGGCCGCGCCUGGCCAAAUAUCGUGUACCUGAGGGGCUGGGACGAGUUGAUGCCGAGAGCUGAGUCAUUACGAGCGGAAGUGGAGGAGGAGGAAGAGGAAGGUCAGGUUUCUAGAACAGAAAAUUUUGCAGUAGUAUUUUUCUUGAGUAUUUUAUAUUUUAUGGUGGAAGCUUUUCUUGACUGAUUAGAUCUAAUUUCCCUUGUGCCGUUGCUCUCCUUCAUCUACUAUGAAUUGCAGGUAGUCAAUAAUUGCUUCGCACCCUUAGUUCUUUAGAGUUUCAGGUUCGGGGAUUGCCGAACUCGAAAACUGUAAGAUUCGGUCAAGUGUCGGGCCUGUGAUAUGUCGGAUUCAGAAACAGCCAGUUGUCAGGUUUGACAAAUAUUGGGUUUGGGGAGUGCCGAGCUCUUGAAGUGAAGGUUUUCGAAGGUUGGUUAUACUUUGCUCGUAAAGGUCUUGGUGUUUUACACCAACAUCUUAAAGCACCCAAGACCUGCGCGCGCUUUAUGCGUGCAUACAUUAACCUUUUACGUCCUAACAUCAGUGUGCAUAUUCCCAAUGCAGUUUUCCAUACAUUUCUUAAGGUGCUGACAAGGAGAAUUUGUUUAACAAUCAAGAACUUCUUUACCUGGUGAUCAUUUCCUUUAUUCUCAUGACCUUAAUGUGUGUUUCAGGGGUGAUAUUGUAAGGAGAAGCUAGAUGUCAGUCACUCUUAUGGGUCGAAGGGUUAAGAUAUAGGCUCAGCCCGCCCUUGUUGAUAAGAGCGACCUUGCAGGGUUGUUAAGUGCAUUUGAAUGUAUGCAUACAUGAAUUGCGCACUUUUAACAUCAACAUCAUUGCUACAAUUUUUUUUCAGAGGGAAAAGCAAUCCAGAAAACAGUUCUGCUAACAAUGAAAAGCGUAUCAACUCCUGAUGGAUAUGAGGCUGUGGAAAGAGCCGUGGAAAUUGGCUGUAUUAAGUCCAGUAUACAAACUAAAAAGGUACAUGAAAACUUCAUCCUUUAAUACGCUAUAGAAAACCGUAACAUUUUUUUAAAUACUAAUCUUUGUGUUUGUUUUCCGUUCAGUCAAGUGACUUUUAUUUCGACAAUCCCAAAGAAGCUAACGAACUGGGAUUCUCCUUUGAGCCUCAAAAGGUUUGUUUGUUGUUUUUGUUACGUCACUGUCCCUGAAAACAGUCGUUUUCAGUACCACUCUCGCACAAAUUACUCUACAUGAUUGACAAUUAUUUUUCGCCCCUUAUUUGGUAAUAUUUAGUUUUUUUUUCUGAUUAUGAGCGUUGCCGUAUUUAAUUUUGUUCUACGAAGGUCUGGCUAGCUGUUUAUAUCUUAUUUAUUUAUUUAUUUAUGCAUUGUUUUAUUUAUGCUACUUAAGGCGGGAGUUGACAUUGGCGUGAAAAAGAACAUUGUGUUUCGAUGGCAACCGCCAGCUGGGCAUGAUGUAAGUAUUCUUCACUUGAAUUUCAUUUCCUCUUUUAAAGAGGCACGUCGUCUUUUGAGGAAGAUUAUCUCUUGCUUCAAAUAGGCAUGUGCCUUUUUUAUUUCUGAAAGCCUAUCCGUUUCAAAUUAAGGUGUGGUACAAACUUUUUUUGGAAAAAUGAAUGUUAUUACAUGAGAGCGUAGAAGUCAUUUCAUAUCAAGACCUUCGUGCUUUCACUAAUUGUAAUAUCUCGAGCGUAGUGUAUUCGGUAAAUAACCCUUUCGAGUAAGGCGACCAUUUUUGGUCCUUAGUAUAAAACGUCCUGUUCCUGCACGUCUAGCUUCACAGCUAAAACAAGUUUUCUUGAGAAAAAAGAAAUAUUUUUAUUCCCGGGGACAUUGAAUAGUCGUCGAUAGAUAAGAGUCCAUUCCAAAUGAAGCGGUCCCAAGAGGGAGACGUAGAAUGACUGCCAAGUCUAAAAGCCUCACCUCUUUAAAAAAGUAACAACACAGCCUGAACACAUUUGAUGAUAAAAAAAAAUGUAAGUCUCUCUUACACGCCAAGUUGUCCACGCAACUUGAACGUAUGCUGAUGAAGACUACGACUGGGGUAUUACCACUCCCUUUGGAUAAGAUGCAACUUCAUUGAAGGUACCACAUUCCUCCCCUCCCUCAGCUCUUCACUGGGUUCCCACCCAUACCCCCUGGGUAGAGAGAACCAUUGUGAAAGUCUGGUAUCUUGCCUUAAAAUACAACACAAGCAGCUAGACCAGAACUCAAACCCACACUUUUCGAACCGCAUUCCAGUUUAUUGAGCCUGCGAGAAGGGUCUCGUGUCGGGGUUACGCCUUGCGGCACAGCUGCCUAUUACACCUGCCGUUUAUGGAAAAAGUUAUUGAAAUCUCUGCUACUUUUCCGGUUAACGGUAUAAUUUCCUUUCUGUUUGUCACAGCCUAAUGAACCUGUUAACACCAGUACUAUGGUAAGUUUGUUGUGUGAUCUUUUUAGUUUUGGUUACAUUCAUUGUCUUAAACGUUCGCUUGUUCUUCCCGGUUAUGUCUUACUCAAAAAACAUGAGGUGAAAGUGAUUCAAAACGCACCAUUUUCGCAAAAUCGCGAGGUUUUAGUGUUACGAAAUAUAGUUUUUUCGCUGCGAGUUUGAAUGGUCAGGUACUCCAUAAAAUGCUUUUACUUUGAGCAGUCAAUUCUUCGGGUUACUGAUAUACAGGUUGAGCGAGAGACAUCUUAGUCAGGCAUAGGACAAAGGAAUGAGACGGGAGAACAGUUACGUUGUUCAGCACCCUCAAGGGAAUUAGAUAUGUAAUCACCCUUUUAACAUUGGGGCGCUAUUUUCAAGAAAAGCAUUUUAUUUCCACCAAAGGGAUUUAAGCAAUCAAUAGAAUUAUGGUUUUCCCUUCCCCCCCCCCCCCGCAAACUCUAGCAUCCGGUGAACGCUGGAGUUUUCGUAAUCGUAACCAUUCAUUGCAACAUUCAUUCCAAUCGUAACCAUUCAUAAUAUCCUUGACAAGAACCGGGAAUGGUGAUAUGUUGCAAACUAACCCUUUCUCGUCCGACUUUUUUGUUAUUACAGUUGACAGUUAAGAGUGACGUAACAACCCAAUACAAGAUCCUUCUUCAAGGAUUAAUCACAACAGAGCAAAGAGACCCGGAUGUUAGUGGUCACGUGGUGUCUUUAGCGGAAGACACUUGAGCUUUCUUACAAACGUGUUGUGAAAUAUAACUCUUCGUAAAGUUUUGUCAUACGAUAUGUAACACUCGUAAUACUUAAAACGUUCUAAGAAGCGUCCAGGGGUUUAUUUAAUUUAAUUUAGAGGAGAGUCUUAUUUAAAACUCAUUUGAAGCCAUUGUUUUAUUUCUGAACAGCAGCCCAAUUUUGGUGAAUUCCGUAAAAUGUAUGUAUUUCUUUGGUUGGAAAACCGACCACGUUGAAAACUGAAAUUGAUGCAGGCUUCCGAGUAUAAUCACAUUUUUUACUGAAACACUCCCCAACCUGAAUGAAUAACAACACCAUAGCAUUACCAUUUGUAUUGCGUCAUUUCACUACUAAUCAAAGUGUGCUUUUUACCCGAAUUUCGUGUUCUAAAGAAGCUGUGGUACUGCGUCGGUGGGAGAGUAUAACGGAGUAACUUAGUGUCAUCAACGGAGUUGAUAACGUAAAUUGGCCACCGUAGGGAGUGUCCAGAGUAAUUCGGAAUCACUUUGGUUUUGUUUUACCUCACUUUUUAAUUAGUCCGGGACAUUCGCACCACUGGUGAGUUGUCUGGUAUUGGUCAUCCUGUCGAGGCUGUGCGUAUAAUUUUGUACCCCUACGUCUAAAGUCCGUGUGAUUGGACUACAGUCAAAGAAUUGAACGCGAUGUUUAGUGUACAUGCUGUGGAAACGAAAUGAUAAUAAUAUUUUACUCGAGUGUGUAAUUAUUUAUAUCAUAGAAUAUAUUCGGUAUUUCAAUUAUAGUUAAUCGUUUCAGUAUAAAUUUGUACCUUUAUUUGUUUGAGGUAAGAUCAAAUGUAUUAGUUUGAUACGUUGCACGCAGUUUUUAGUGUCGCUGUGUUUCGAACUGUGACAAGCUUUUACGACACUGCAUUUAAGGCGUG